GUUUCUUUAAACGUCAAACUAUUGUCAUUCUUUUAGGUGAUUCCAAUUUUGCAGAUGAAUUCAUAAUAUCCAGACUGAUUGCAAAUGUAGUUACAACAAGGUAUAUUUUAUGAUAAGUUGCUAAAAGAAAUUAAAAAAUGAACUAUUAAAAGAAUUAUGGAAAAUGAUGAUACGGAAACAUCUCAUCUAAGUGGAAGCAAUUUUUUUUCGAAUCUAUUUUUUUGUUGGUUUCCAACAUUUAUAGCUGCAGGUCUCAAGAAAGAAAUCGGUGAAGAUGAUAUGGGUGUAAUAAAACCACACAAAUCCAAAUAUUUGUCUGAUAAACUAGAAGCUUUAUGGGAAAAAGAAUUAAAAAAGACAAAUCCUUCUUUGUUAAGGGCGCUAUUUAAACUUUUCAAAUAUGAACUAGUCGCGGCCGGUCUUUUACGGAUUUCUCUUGAUUCCAUUAAAAUAUCGCAACCAGUUUUAAUUUCAACAUUGGUCUUGUAUUUUGCACCCAAAGAACAAGAAGUAGUAAGACAAAACAUUUAUAUAUGUGCGACGUUGUUAGUUAUAUCAUCGCUUUUACAAGUAUUGUGUAUUCAUCACAAUAUGCUGUUAGUGUUAACGAUAGGAAUGAAAAUAAGAAUAGCUGUAUGUGCUCUAAUUUAUAGAAAGGCGUUAAAGUUGACGAAAAAUGCUCUUGGAGAUACAACAAUAGGACAGAUGGUGAAUUUGUUAUCAAACGACGUAGGAAAAUUUGAUUUAUGUUGCCAGUUUAUUCACCUGUUGUGGUUAGCACCGUGUGAAAUAAUGGUUACUAUGAUUUUGUUAUAUAAAUUCGUUGGUAUUACUGGACUUGUAGGUUGUGUUUUUUUACUAACGUUUUUGCCAUUUCAGCCCAUUAUGGCAAAUCUGGUGUCAAAGUAUAGAUUUAGAACAGCAAUUUGCACGGACGAAAGGAUUAGAUGCAUAAACGACAUUUUCACUGGAAUUCAAGUAAUUAAAAUGUACACUUGGGAAGAACCUUUUACGAAAAUAGUGGAAGACAUAAGAAAUAAAGAACUAGAUCAAAUUGGAAAAUUUUCCUUAGUACGAUCAAUUAUGCUUUCCUUAACUAUGGUUCUAGGACGCCUAUCCAUAUGGUUAUGUAUCUUAACCUAUGUUUUUACCGGACAUGCGUUGACAGCAUACUACGUGUUUACUGUAGCAUCAUUUUAUGCAUUCUUAAGAAAUUCUGUUAUUCUACUAUUUCCCCAAGCGGUGGUCCAAAUAGCAGAAGCUAAGGUAUCAAUAAAAAGGCUGCAAAAGUUUUUGUUGUUAGAUGAGAUCGUAAUAGAAGAUCCAAUCGUAAAGACCAAUCUUACCAAGAGUAGAAAAGAGUCGCUUGCAAAUAAAAAAUUCGACAAAGGUAAAGGGAUAAUAAUAAAAGAAGCUUCAGUCAGAUGGACCAAUACAUCUGAAAAUGUUUUACAUGAUAUAAACUUCAAAGCCAGUAGUAAUCAAUUAGUGGCAAUAGUGGGUCAUGUAGGGGGUGGAAAGACAACACUACUCAAAGUAAUAUUAAAGGAAGUAACAGUAUUCCAAGGACUAGUUCAAGUAAAUGGAACUAUUUCUUAUUCUCCACAAGAACCUUGGUUCUUUGAAGGUAGCGUAAAGCAAAAUAUACUUUUUGGACAACGCUAUGAUCCUGAAAAAUAUGAAAAUGUUAUACUGGUCUGUGCCUUACGAAGGGAUAUUACGCUAUUCCCAAGCGGCGAUGAAACAUUAAUUGAAGAAGGCGGGACCAAUUUAAGUGGUGGACAGAAAGCUAGAAUUAACUUAGCACGUGCAGUAUACAAAGAUGCAGAUAUUUAUAUACUUGAUGAUCCUUUGUCUGCUGUCGAUGCAAUUGUAGGACAACAACUAUUUAACAAUUGUAUUUGUGGAUACCUACGAAAGAAAUGCGUGAUAUUAGUAACCCAUCAAGUACACUACUUACACUCCACUGACUAUAUUUACUUAAUAGAAGACGGCACGCUUAAAUUACCUAGUACUUAUCAGAUUUUAGAGAGAUCUAAUAAAACUUUUAUAGAUCUUUUAAAUAAAACAUCUCAGAUAAGAAUCGAGCCAGAUAAAGAUGAUGAUAAAGCAGACGGUCAGCUUUGUCAAUCCACAAAAGAAGAAAUUGCUUUUGGUGCUGUAUCCUUCCAUGUCUAUAAAAGUUAUUUUAAUGCUGGUGGACACUGGUCAAAAACGUUGAUGAUUACGCUAGCUUUUUUACUAGCACAAGUGUUUGGAAGUAUGACAGAAUUGUUUUUAGCAAUUUGGGUAAACGUUGAGCAGAAUAUAGCAAGAGGAACAGUUUCUGGAACCUUUUGGGAACAAAAUUUAACACUUCAAUUAUCUUUCAUCAUCUACAGUGCUUUAAUAUUUUUGAACGUUAUAUUUUCUACUAUUAAAUCGAUAUCAUUCUUUAAUUUCUGUUUAAACGCUUCAAAAAGGUUACAUAAACAAAUGUUUCUAAACGUUCUAUAUUCUCCAAUGUCUUUCUAUCAUGCAAAUUCAUCAGGAAGGAUAUUAAAUCGAUUUUCUAAAGAUAUAGGAGCUUUAGAUGAAACAUUACCAAUGUGCAUGUUAGAUGCUUUGGGGAUAGGUUUAAUUGUUGUCUCCAUAAUAAUCGUAAUUAGCAUAGUAAACCCAUGGAUUUUGUUACCAACAUCAGGACUGCUAGCAAUUAUGUAUUAUAUGAAACAUGCUUUCCUUGUAUCAAGCAGAAAUAUUAAAAGAGUGGAAGCUGUAACUCGCAGUCCUAUGUAUACUCACCUUAAUGCAUCAUUGCAAGGUAUAACAACGAUACGAGCCUUUGGAGCACAGCAACUUCUAAUAAACGAAUUCGAUCGUUUGCAAGACAAAUACACUGCUGCAUUUUACACUUUUUUGGCGACUAGUAGAGGAUUUGGAUUUUGGUUAGACAUGCAUUGCGUCGUUUUUACGGCAUUGGUUGUAAUCAGUUUGCUUUUUAUACAAAAAGAAACCUUCGGUGGUAAUAUUGGUCUUUCUUUAACACAAGCUAUAACCCUUGCUGGAUUAUUUCAAUGGGGAAUUAGACAAUGGAGCGAACUGGAAAAUCAAAUGACAUCUGUGGAACGAGUACAAGAGUACGCUAACCUUCCCACUGAAAUAGAAAAUCCAGAACAUAUUUUACAAAAGCCAAAACCUAGUAAGCAGCUUGUCAAAUUAUCGUGGCCAAAAUCAGGACGUGUCAAAUUCCAAGACGUUUCUCUGAGAUACUCUAACGAAAACUCUACUGUAUUGAAAAGUAUUAGCUUUAGCAUUGAACCUUCAGAGAAAGUUGGCAUUGUGGGUAGGACCGGAGCUGGCAAAUCCAGUAUUAUACAAGCACUGUUUAGGCUGGCUGAAGUUGACGGAAGAAUUACUAUUGAUAAUGUAGACACCGGAGUACUAAGCUUAGACACUUUGAGAUCCAAUAUAUCUAUUAUUCCUCAGGAACCAAUACUCUUUUCUGGGACUUUAAGAAAUAACUUGGAUCCGUUCGACGAGUACAGAGAUGAAAUUCUAUGGAAAGCAUUGAAUGAUGUAGAACUUAAAAUAGCUGUGGAUGAACUGCCAAAUGGACUAGAAAGCAAAAUAGCAGAGGGUGGCAGAAACUUUAGUUUAGGACAAAGACAACUAAUAUGUUUAGCAAGAGCUGUCAUUAGGAAUAAGAAAAUUUUAGUUUUAGAUGAAGCUACAGCUAACGUUGAUCCGAUGACUGACGAAAUAAUUCAAACCACAAUUAGGGAAAAGUUUGCUAAUUGUACUGUCCUAACUAUAGCUCAUAGAUUACAUACUAUUAUGGAUUCGGAUAAAAUAUUAGUAAUGGAUGGGGGGAAAGUAGUAGAAUUUGAUCAUCCCUAUUUACUUCUGUUAAAAAGGGGACACUUUCAUCGUUUAGUUUCUGAGACGGGAAGUUCUGUUGCCACAAAUCUAACGGCAAUUGCCGAAGAAAACUUUUCUAGAAGAAAUUCUGAGGAAAAUGAAAAAGUUGUAUAAUUUUUUUUUCAUAGUACACGCAUAGUUGUUAUAAUUUAUAAAAGACUAUAAAAUUAAAGU